UAUAUUUUUCAAGAUUCUACCCAGAUUUCACACGUGGACCGCUUAGAUCCUUCUCCCUUCGUCUCUUAACCACGAAGAAAGUCGAAACCACCAAGCAGUUUCUCCCCUUGCCUCCACAUACCCGGAAACCCCAACUCUCAACCCCAAUAAAUAGCAGAGCCGCAUUGUGGGACGUUCAAUUCUCGAAACUCAAUCCAUACCCCCAUCCCUUUAUUUUGGGUUUGUGUAUUACGAGGGCUCUAAUGAACGAUUUCGGAGUGGUUGAAGAUGAGCAAAUCGAUUGGAACCUUAUAAUUGACAACCUACCAGAUGCUCUGAAUUUUGAAUUCUUAGAUGAGCCCGUGAGGGAAUUUUCGAAUCCCUUGAACCCUUCACCCGAUUCGGGUUCAUUGUCGAUCGAGGACAUAGAGCAGUUGCUCAUGAACGAUGACUCCAAUGUAGCCCUGCCCGAUCACGAACAGGUUUCUGCUGAUGGCUUUCUUACGGACGUACUUCUAGAUUCCCCUGCGGCUUCCGAUCUGUCUGAUGAAUUGAUUGAUGGUCCCGAAAAGGAUUCUUCUAGCCCUUUGUCUUCGGAAGAGGAUAAGGAUAAGGAUGCCCAUGAUAGCCAGGCGGAAGCUCUAGAGAAGCAGAACGACGAUGACCAUGUUGUGGAUGAUGACGAUCCUACUGCCAAAAAACGCAAACGGCAAAUGAGGAACAGGGAUGCAGCGCUCAGAUCACGAGAGAGGAAGAAGAUGUACGUGAAGGAUCUUGAGAUGAAGAGUAGGUACUUUGAGGCAGAAUGCAAGAGACUGGGCAUGCUACUCAAUAGCUGUCUUGCUGAAAACCAAGCAUUACGCCUUUCCCUGCACAACAGCAAGGCUGUUGAUGCUUCCAUGACCAAGCAGGAGUCUGCUGUGCUCCUUUUGGAAUCCCUGCUGUUGGGUUCCCUGCUUGGGUUCCUGGGCAUCAUAUGCCUGCUCAUUCUUCCCAGCCAGUUCCAGUUAUCUCUGGUAGCAGUUCUACUAGAAGACGUGGAAACCAAAGGAAAGGGAAAUCUGACUCGAAGAGGGGAAGUAAGUAAAAUUUUUAGGACUCUGGAAUUUCAGUCAUCAGUGAUGGGCAGAAGAUGCAAAGCUUCAAGAGCUAGGAUGAAACCAAGAUUGUCUGUUCCACGAGUCGUGUUUUAACUUAUGGGAUAUAUGCUCUGAAUCUUCGUCUAUGACUUGUGUCUGUUGGUUCAGUUUUUCUUAUUUUUUUUAUUUUUCUGCUUUUGAUUCUCUCUAGUUUUUCGCAUAGACACAGCCUGAAACUCACUAGUUAAUAACAAUGUUAAUUUUGCCCUUUUGACGGGAUUAAAGUUUUCGCAUUAGUUUUUGAGUUGGUGGUCUUAGAUGCAUCUUUGGUCUUAUGUACGUCAAAAUGGCAUCGUUUCCUAUUCUAUUUAUACAUUAUUUGAAGCUGUUCACCAGUA